AUGGGAGGCGGUCCGUUAUUCCCUGAGCGGCCUGGCGCGGAAUUGGCAGAAGAUCCUUCUCCAAGUUCUAACAACCUGUAUGCUGUAGUUGAUAUCGGAAGCAAUGGCAUUCGAUUUUCCAUAUCCGAUCUCUCAUCACCUACUGGACGUAUAAUUCCUACAGUGCAUGCUCAUCGAGUCGGAAUCUCUCUCUAUGACGCACAAUACGACACCGAAUCAGGCUCUAAAAUCCCUGUUCCUCGGUCGAUUGUCCAGUCCAUAAUUGGAGCAAUCUUGCGAUUCCAGGCAACUUGUGUGCAUUUUGAUGUGCCGUCAUCUCGCAUUCGCAUUGUUGCAACGGAGGCAACACGUACGGCAAUAAACUCGGCGGAGAUUCUUGAAUCAAUUAAGAAUGCAACUGGCUAUGAGGUCGAACUCUUGGAAAAGACCGACGAGGGUCUUCUCGGCGCCUGGGGGAUUGCUAGUGGCUACUCGGAUGUCGAAGGGCUGGCUAUGGAUCUUGGAGGUGGGAGCACCCAAAUCACAUGGGUGGUCUCUCACGGCGCUGAGCUGCACAUAAGCCCAAAGGGUUCUAUCAGUUUCCCUUAUGGUGCUGGGGCUCUUUCAAGAACACUGGCGGAACUGGAGAAGGGAAAAAGUAAGAAGGAAGCAAAGCACGCUAGGGACAAAUUGCGUCAAGAGAUGAAAAAUAACUUUUUGGAUGCAUACAACAAACUGGAAAUACCGGAUCGUCUAGCUGACGAGGCCAAGCAAAACGGAGGAUUUCGCAUGUAUAUCUCCGGCGGAGGUUUUCGUGGAUGGGGAUAUUUGCUGCUCUACCUACAUCAAACAAAGGGUCGUCAUUAUCCAAUAUCGAUCAUCAACGGCUAUCGCGCUGGCAGAGACGAUUUUGCAAAGACAGAAACCCUAAAGGAGAUAGCUCGAACAGCAGAUCGUAUAUUCCGUGUUUCAGACCGUCGUCGACAGCAGGUCCCAGCAGUAGCCUUCUUAAUAAACGUUCUGGCCGAAUCGCUUCCGCAUGGGAUCAAGGAAGUGUACUUUUGUCAAGGAGGCGUUCGAGAAGGCAUUCUAUUCCGGCAGCUUCAGCCGGUCAUUCGCCGACAGGAUCCUCUGGAAGUCGCAACGACUCCAUUCAGAACGCGAUCUGCAGGUUCUAUCGGUCAUUUACUUCUUACGGCCAUUCCGCCAUCCUCUAGUGCGAACCGAUUUUCUAUGCCGAACACACUGAAUGUUCAUAUAAUUCAAGCCUUUGCCAAUUUCAUGUAUGCGCAUGCAGGCAUCUCGAAGGAACUCGCUUCGACUGCAGCACUUUAUAGCACUAGCACCGGUCUACUAGCAGAGGUACACGGUAUCUCACACGGAGACCGAACUCGAUUAGCCCUCUUGCUCCAAGAGCGAUAUGGCGGCCACUUGCCCCCUCGAGAAGAAAAGGCCAAAUCAGCAUUCCAAGAUCUCUUGAGUGUGCAAGAAAGAUGGUGGAUACGGUACGUCGGGAAACUUGGACUGGUAUUAGGUAUUCUCUAUCCUACUGGAAUUAUUGAUUCGCUUUGGCCGCGUGUCUUGCUGUCAGUCCGAUGGGCAUCCGAUUUGGGAAAGCGUCAAGAUAAAUUUGGCAUCGAGCUUACGUUCACUGCCCAUGCUAGCUCUGAUCAUAUGAUGAUAAAGGAGGUCAUCGAGGGAGCCAAAAGAAAGAUAGAAAAAGUGGGAAAGAAAAAGAAUAGAAUUGGAGGGCGACAGGGAUGGGGAAUGAAAGUGAAGGUGGUUGUCAAUAUCAAUUGA